ACAUUAGUAUUGAGACAAUCACAUAUUCCACUUUGUUCCGUCUCAGAAGACUUCAAAGUACUUUCUACCUCGUAGAUCUAAGCAUGGAAAGGCUAAUUACAUGGAGAGGCAAAAAGUUGGAACUCAGUUAUGUAAACUACCUACCUAGGAUCUACCUAACUUUACGCUGUUCAACCUACCCCAAUACUGCAAGAGCACCCAUACCCCGAUUAGGUCCGGAUACAUCAGCACAUCUUUUUUUUUUUGUUUCUGUGACCACCAUCUUGAUCAUAGUUGCUUUAUUAGCUGACUUUCAGGAGAUCUAUCUGAGUGCCAAGUAGGUUGUUGCCUGUUCCCAGUCUUUAAACGGUUAUUUCCAACCCUGACCACGCAGGUACAGGUCUUGACAGCUCAUACAAGAAC